AUGGUUUUUUAUCAAAUAUCAGUUCAUACAGGUUAUAUGUGCGACUAUGUUGAAGGAUCCAUAAAAUUCAAUAGUCAAUUAUUACGUAUUUGGCCAGAUGAUGAUAUGACUAGAGUUGCUUUUGAUGAUGCUUACAAUGAAGCAGUUACUCUUUUUAAACAUGUUGAUUUAAUUGAAAUGGCAUAUAAAAUAGAAAAUCCAAUCAAUAGAUAUGAUAGUUAUGAAAUAUUACCUGAAAAAUACCUCAAUGGAGACGAAUCAUCAGAUUCAAGAAUUAAUGAACAUGACAAUUAUAUUAUACAACAUAUUGUUGAUAGUAAUGGUAUUAUUUUUUUAAAUUUAAUAGAUAGGCGUAGAAAACAUGAGGCAUUUGUUUCAUCAAAUUUGGAUAGAAAAUCUAUAAAUAAUGACAGCUUGCUUCAAGAAACAGCCACUAAAAGGUUUCUUAGUCGGAGAACAAGCACAACACCAAAUCUUUCAACACCAACUAAUGUAACAAAUAUUCAAAGGUCAAGUUGGCAGAUAAGAAAAAGGUUUGAAAAAUUAAAUACAAUUUUUAAUGAACAACUGUUAAGAUAUUCAAUCAUCAAUUAA